AUGGAACCUGUAUACAAACCUACUGCAAUUCGAGUACCACUCGUUCACGCUACCCCCUUGGAAGCUGAAAAUCUACUUGAUAACGGAAGAUAUCCAAGUAUGACAGAUGUGAACAGCUUGGGAAAAUUAACAGCAAUAAGGAAACAGUGUCAAGCAGGUCGAGAGAGGAGGAGGAAGUUCCUCAUAGUUCAUAUGGAUGGACAACACUGUCCAAUCAUUGUAAAGAGGAAGAGGGAUACAGAAUGGGAUAAAAAAGAGUGGAACACGGUCAUCUCAUUUGUGAAACCCGAUAACAGUUCUCUCCUCAUGAGGGAGGGUAAGAACAAAGUGAACAAGUACCGUUCAUAUACCGAUAUUUCACAGAAGUUUUCCGUAUACGAAAGACUGCCGCGGUAA